GCCGCCAUGGACGUCUGUGCCGAUGACUUUGAGCAGACCCUUCCCUUGCUGCAGAAGCUGGUCCUGGACGCCGACUUCGUGGGUCUGGACAUAGAAUUCACUGGCCUCCGCUCAAAUCUGUGUGGACCCCAACAAAUCAGUCUUUUUGAUUUGCCAUCCGAGUGGUAUCUCAAGACACGUCAGAGUGUUCAGCAGUUUACAAUCUGUCAGAUUGGAUUGUCUGUGUUUUCCAGUGUUGAAGGAGAGUCAAACAAAUAUGUAGCCCAUUCAUGUAACUUCUUUCUCUUCCCUACCACGUUUGGGAUUUUGGAUUCAGAAUUCUCUUUCCAGGCUUCCAGUGUUCAGUUUUUGAAUCAGUAUGGCUUCAACUAUAACAAGUUUCUCAAAAAUGGAAUCCCCUAUAUGAAUGAAGAACAGGAAAAGAAAAUUAAGCACAGCAUCCUGACGGGGAACUGGAGAGUUCGCAGCUCUCUGGAUAAAGACCACAUCAAGGUGGUGAUUGAUGAGGUGACGAGGUGGCUGGACCUGGCUGAGGAAGGCGACUGGAUGUCUCUGCCUGGUAUUGCAGGGUUCCAGGCCUUUGAGGUCCAAUUGGUGCUGAGGCAGGCCCUCCCCAACAUCUGGACAGAGCUGAAGGAGAAGGGGGUGGUAGUGAAGAAGGUGAGUCGACAGCAUCGCUGGUACCUGGAGCACGCCUCUUGCGAACGAGCCAGCUGCUGGAAGGAGCAGAUUCUUCUCUCUGCCAAGGGCUUUUCUGUUUUUUUCCAGAUGCUGGUAAAAGCCCAGAAGCCCUUAGUGGGACACAAUAUGAUGAUGGAUCUGCUGCAUCUCCACGAGAAGUUCUUCAGACCUCUUCCAGAAAGUUAUGACCAGUUUAAGCAGAACAUCCACAACCUAUUUCCUGUGCUCAUUGAUACCAAGAAUGUGACGAAGGACAUCUGGAAGGAACUGCAUUUCCCACGGGUGUCCAAUCUCUCAGAAGUCUACGACGUGCUGAACAGUAACUUGAAUCCCACAAAGAAUUCUGGACCUGUGAUUGUUCAUGCCAGCAAGUGUGAAAGAUACGCCAAGACAAAGUGCCCCCACGAAGCAGCUUACGACGCCUUCCUCUGUGGGUCAGUUCUUUUGAAAGUGGCUCACUUGCUCCUACAGAGGGUGCACAGCAAUGCCCCCGUGCCUGAGCCCUCCUUCCCGCAGUACCUCGGCGUGCUGACUCCUUAUGUGAACCAAGUGAACCUCAUCCGAGCUGGGGUCCCCAAAAUUAACUUUUCUGGCCCAGAUUACCCCAGCGUCCGACCUCCCAUCCUCAUCGUCAGCAUCCGGAGGUGGCCCGGGGUCAGCGAGCAGCAAGUCUAUUGUGAGUUCCAGAAUCUCUGCAAGUUCGAUGUCAGGCGGCUCACGAGGAACCAGUUCCUGCUCCUGACCAACAAGUUUAAGGAUGCCCGCAGUGUGUUAAAGGAGUACAGGUGCCACCCAACUCUGCAGGUGUCCCUGUACCGGUACUGGAGACACUCCCCCACCAUCACCUGCGUGCUGCAAGUCUGCAGCGCAGUCACCACCUGGGCCCUGCUUGCUUUUUUCCUGGGAAGAGCCAGUCCCUGAGCACAGCCAGUCUCGCGCAGC